UUUCCAUUCACUUUAAUUUUUGCACUACAUUGUUUUCUCAAGCCAAUUAAGACAAAGUUAUUGUUAAGUAACAAUAUUACUAUACAUUAUUAUUGUUAUUGUUAUUAUUAAGGUCACGGUGUGAAAUAUAUAUUCACUAAACACAAUAUCUGUCCAGACACAUAUAUAUCCCCUUCACAAAUCACAAACCUAGCUAGCUAAUUAAGCUAAAGGUAAGGGGCAAUAUAUGAUAACUAUGGGUGAAGAAAAACACUAUUGUGAUUAUUUUUAUUAUUAUUUCUCGAGGAAAAUGGUUUUCCUUGUGUCUGCUUUGAUGUUACUUUCUUCCUGUGAUGCUUUGGAAUUCGAUGUUGGUGGCUCCGACGGGUGGGUUUUAAACCCAUCUGAAAGUUAUGAGCAUUGGGCUACUCGUAUGAGAUUUCAGGUUAAUGACUCUCUAGUAUUUAGGUAUGAUGAAGGACAUGAUACUGUAUUGGAGGUGAAGGGGCGGGAUGAUUAUGAAAAAUGUAGCACCCAAAACCCCGUCAACAAAAUGGACGAUGGAAAUUCGGUUUUCAAGCUGGACAGACCAGGUCCUUUUUACUUCAUUUCUGGGAAUCGAGAAUGUUGCCUUAAAGGACAAAAAGUUGUUGUUGUUGUUCUCGCCGCGAGAAACGAAAACAGUACCCUGCCACCC